GAUGACGCCUGAGAUCUUGUUAUUCUUCGUCGUCUUGUAACGUUUCACGGGUCUUAGCUUAUUUCCCAGUUUUAUUUGUAUAUAUCUGAACUGUUUUUAAUGUCAGGUGUGCCCGUUAUUCUGAUAUUUUUUUUGCCGGUUAUGUUGAUUUCGUGUCGGUGAUUUUUCGGCAAUGUAUCGGCCACCGGGUCCUCCAGCAGGAAAAAGCGCCAACUUCUGCGGUUCCAUCUGAAUCGUUAAACACUGCCCUAAGACUGGAUAUUUGAUGAAAUAUAAGCAAAUCUGAAUUUGGAAUGACUCGUUCAGUGAGGUGCGCUGUUGCGUCUCAGUAGACUCUCCCUGAAAGCACCGGGACAAAGAUGCCAGGUCUACAGGGUGACCACACCAUGGUGGGACUGGGGAGUCCCGUGAGGAAGAAUAAACUGUCUCUGAAGUUCUUCCACAAGAAGGAGACCAAACGGGCUCUGGAUUUCUCUGAACCUCUCACAGAUGAGCCCAAAAAAGCAGCUGAGCCAGAGGAGCCCGAGGCCAGCGGCUGUGAUCAGGUGGUCCCUGGUCCUCGUCCCUGCCCAGGCUCGCCUGGCCUCCUGCUGCCGUGUGAAAAGAGAGAGAAUCUGGUGCCAUUUGUGGGAUUCAACAACCUGGGCAACACUUGCUAUUUGAACAGUAUCUUACAGGUGCUGUACUACUGCCCAGGAUUCAGAGAAGGAAUCAAGAAGCUGUACAACUUGUCUAAAACAAAAGACAAACCAAAGGAAGAGGCCGAUAAAAGCGAAGAGCCGUCAGAAGAUGCGUCUGAGGAUGCGCCGCCGCACAUCGAGCUCCUCAGCAGCUUCAACCAUCUGAUCUCUUCAGUGGAGCUGCUUCAGUCCAGCUUCCUGCUCAGCCCCGAUGGCUUCAGCGAAGGAGAACUGGCCACGCCGCCUCGUAAAAUGCUGCACACGCUCCGGCAGCUGAACCCCAUGUAUGAAGGCUAUCUCCAGCAUGACGCCCAGGAAGUCCUGCAGUGCAUCCUGGGAUAUGUCCAAGAGGCCUGCGACACCAUCAGGAAGGAGCGAGAGUCCGAAAAGGAGGAGGGCGACAACGACGUGGCGGAAGUCAAAAUGGAGAACGGCAGCUCUGAGACAGAAUCCAAACCCCCGACAGAAGAGGACGGCCUAGUGAGCGGCAAGAGGAAGAGCGACACCGAGGUGGGAAACGCCAAGAAGAAGCCAAAGUCUGUGAAGUCUAAGAAAGCCGAGGCUGUGGAGGAAGACCUCGGCAGAAGUAAACCCUUCACCCGCUCCAAACGGAAGUCCUCCAGCGACAUCUCGGCCGACAGCGCCCAGAGUAAAGACGGAGAAGAGGAGGAGGGGACGAAGAAACAGAAUAAGGACGGAGGGUGCGAGCAAGAGGGGAGCGGCGAGAAAGCAUCCAACGAGGCGGACGGGAAGAGGAAGAAGAGGACGAGGCUGAGCUGGCUGAAGCCGUCCGGGAAACAGCCGAGCAUUUUCUCCAAGUUCCGCAGCGUGGGGAAGAUCAGCUCCUCGACUGUGAAGAGCAAGAACAAAGCGGAGCAGGAAAACGAAGUGAUGGACGAGAACGAGAAGGUCGGACAAGAGCCGUCACCUCAGAGCACAGCUGAAGACAAGAAGGCGGUGAAACAUCAAGAUGGUCUCGACCUGAUGGAGCACUUGUUCCAGGGCCAGCUGGUCCUGAGGACUCGCUGUCUGGAGUGUGAGAGCUUCACGGAGCGGAGGGAGGACUUCCAGGACAUCAGCGUCCCGGUGCUGGAUGACCAGCCCAGCAGCCCGGACGACCUCUCCCAGAUCUCUCCAGACCCUAAACCAGAGCUGAAGACUCUGAAAUGGGCCAUUGGUCAGUUUGCGUCGGUCGAGCGCAUCGUCGGAGAGGACAAAUACUUCUGUGAGACCUGCCAUCAUUACACAGAGGCCGAGAGAAGCCUGCUCUUCGACAAAACUCCCAAAGUCAUCACCAUUCACCUGAAGCGCUUCUCUGCCAACAGCUUGGACUUGGACCCGUACGCAGGCCUCUCCAAAGUGAACACGCCCCUACAGACGCCUCUGACCUUGUCCCUGGAGGAGUGGUGCACCCGGCCCUCCACUAAAGGCCAACACUAUCAGCUGUUCGCCGUGGUCAUGCACAGCGGCGUCACCAUCAGCAGCGGCCACUACACCGCCUACGUGCGCGUGUCCGACCUGAAGGACGUGAAGGUCCUCCUCCGGGGCGGAGAAGGCGCGAAGGAGGAGGAAGAGGAGAGGAAGGAAAGCAAAGAGGCGCCGAAGGCGAAAGAGGAAGCGCUGGAAUACGACGACGGAGAGGUGUCCUUCAGCCUCAGCACGAGGGGACAGAGGCGCCUGGCGAGCAAAUCGGGGAACAAGAAGCUGUCGGAGGGAGGAGUGGGACUUCUGGGAGGCCAGAGGAGUUUUUCCAGUUUGAACAUUGGCAGCAAACAGACAGAGAAAGCAGCGGCAGCGGAGGGAUCUAAACGGAGGAAAACCAUCAACGGCUUGAGCCAAAAAGCUGAACUUAAAAAAGAGGCGGAGUCUGUGGAGGAGGCAUCGAUGGCUUCCUGUGGUGGUGGUGGUGUGGAGGCCACAGAGCAGCAGGCUCUGAACACCCUCCUGGAAUAUGAAGGUAAAUGGCUGCUGUUCGAUGACUCCGAGGUGCGUUUGUUCGAGGAGGAGGAUUUCCUCCGGGCCUGCUCCCCCGAGACCUGCUCCUCGUCAACUCCUUACCUGCUGUUCUACAGAAAGAUGCCCGAGCCCGGACACUAACACAGAUCUUUUGGCAGCCCUCCCCCCUCCAGAGAAAAGACUAAAAUACUGCGUUCUUUAUCUGCGUCUCUUCUGUGGGACCAAGGCCACCUCUGCCUUCUCUUGCAGCCACUCACGUUCUCACGUUCUAGAAAUACUCGGAUAAACGAGGAUCCGAUGUCCUACGUGCCAGGGAUUACUAAGCCUUAUUCUUGUACAGGAUAUUUUCUUUCUGUACGUUUUUAUUUGGUCAAACCCUGGCUUUAAUACUCUUGUCAGUGUCCACAAGUUAUUUUUUUUUUUUGUCUCUGUUUGUAUGGCUCACUUUUACAAAAUGGAUAAGCACUUUUGAACUAAAAUUUCCAGAAGUCAAAAUGCAGAAUAAUGGAUUUUUUUUUUUUUUUAUCAGUAAAAGCUGUCUGUGCUGUAUAUUCAAAACUCUUCUGAUAUUCCCUCAGAAAAGCCUUGACCCUCCUCUGAAGGGUUUUUCCUCUCAACUAUCAGGUUUUUAUAACUAUACUUUUCAGAUUUAAUUUAGUGGAAAGAAGUCACUUAUUUUAAUGUGUAAAAAGGAUACAUGAAAUCCAGUAACUUAAAGCUCCUUAAGUUCAGCUGUAAUUUCGUUUUGUGCCGUGAGGAGAAGGAGGAAACAAAGUUUUAGUCACUGAAGCUCUCGACUCUCGCUGCACGUAAACCAACCCUACACUACCUCCUGUUCAGUUUUCUACCUGCUCUUGUAAGAACUAGAUAAAAGGUGAAUGCAAAACAAAAAAAAAAAGAGCAUGCACAGGGACAAGGUCUAAGAAACUAAACCUGUGCUUAAAGUCUUUCACAAGGACGUCUCGAUUUACUCUGAUCUACUAAAUUAGACAACAGAUUUUUACUUUAAAACGCUUUAAGGUGAAAGUAUUGACAUUUUGUCAACUGUUCUCAAAAAAAAAGAAUUUAAAUUAGACAUUUGCCACGAGUCCCUGUGCAUGCUCAAAUAUCAACCUUCUCACCUGUCGUUUAUAAUAUUCCAUAGAUUUAACAUGUUGAAAAUAUAACAUGGUAUCACAUCAGUACAGUGACAUUAUUCAUCUCAGGUCCAGUAACGGUUUAAGGGAUUGACUCGUUUUCUGAUUUCUUAAGUAAUUAAGAGCCAUAUUCAGUUCCUUCACUUCUCUAUAAAGGAUGUAUUAUGUGUAAAUUUAAAAGCAGCUCUGAUCCGUGUGUCUUUUAAAUUGUAGCCCAUUAAUGUUUCUACUAAAAGCAAUACUUUUUUUUUUUUUACCUUCUUGUCCUGUUGAUUGUUGCCAACCACUAUAGUGACACUUUGUGUCAUUUCUGCUGUUUUCCCUCCCGGCUUCGAGUUAAAUCCUACAUAAACACAAGAAUCAGACAUUAAUCGGCGCAUCACACCGUGUGUGAACAUUAAAAUAUUUAUUUAGUAAAAUAUUUAAAAUAAAACAAAAAAAACUACAUAAAAUUAUACAAGGAUGUUUUAAAGUACCUAAUUUUAAAACGCUCCAACUAAAAAUGAUAAUAAAGCAUCAUGAUAAAUACUGGUACAAUUUUUUGCAUUUUUUUUCUUUUUUCUUCCGAGUUACAUAAACUUUCAAGUUGUAAAAUGCAUUGCUACACCAUAAUAAAAAAGUGCACACAUGAAAUUGAAUACAGGUUUUUGACACUUCGUACAGAAUUAAAAAGACACCUUGACCUUUAAAAUCGUACCUUUUUUUUUUUGCGGACGCUUGUAAAAAUUUGGUGGCGAAAAAGAAAAAAAAAAACAAAUGGAGGUUUUGGCACUUUCUACUGAGCGUUCUUCGUAUUCAGCGGCUGGUUGGAUCACAGCUACAAGUUUGUUUGGUUUAAAGAGUUGAGGCCUGAUAUUAUUAGCGCGGGGCUCCGGUUCCCCGCUGUGACAAACGACGAUGCAAAGAGAAAUUCUAAACGCCAAGGUAUCUCUUUAAUCUCUUAAGAACCUCUUGUUCACUCCUCUGAUUGUGUAACAGUUCCGUCUGUAAACAAAUUAAGACACUGGAAUGACGUACCAAGCUCCUCUUCUAGUCUUUUUCUUUUGCUUGCCCAAACACUGACCUCGACUUUCAAGAGACACUCCUAUUUACACUCGAGAAUAAAUUAAUAUUGCAAUUUC